AGAAAAACUAUCGUCACAAUACAAGAAUUAGGAACAGCCCUACUCAUUCAUUUUUAACGUCAAAUGUGCAUAAAAUUACGUGACACGUAGAAGCAAAGAGAUUAUUCAAUCUAAUUAUUCUUAAGUUAAAAACAGUUUUCUUUAAGUUUGGUAUUUCCAAAGUGUAUAAAAAAGACACGGUACAGAAAAAAGACUCACCAAAAUGUUAUAUCUUGAGGAUUAUUUAGAAAUGAUCGAACAUCUGCCACAGGAACUUAGGGAUAGAUUUACUGAAAUGCGAGAGAUGGACUUAUCUGUUCAAAAUAGUAUGGACACAUUGGAAAAAAGAGUCCGCACAUUAUUUGGUGGUUGUCGGCGUGGCGAAAUGAACACAGAUCAAGCUAACACAGAAUUUGCAGAUAUAAAGCAUGGGUAUAACAAAACAUUAGAAGAGGCAGAUGAAAAAGUAGCUUUGGCUAACCAAAUGCGUGAUUUAGUUGAUCGAUAUUUACGAAGGCUGGAUACUGAAUUGCAUAAAUUCAAAUGUGAAUUAGAGGCAGAUAAUAAGGGCAUAACAGAGUUGCUUGAGAAAAGAUCCCUUGAUUUAGACAGCAACACAAAUCACACUGCUACAUCUAAUAACAACCAUUACAAAGAAAACAGAUACCGUAUCAGAGCAGAAAAACGCAGAGAUAGCUGGGGUACCAGGGAAUCACGAGCUCAUGCCACCACGGGCAACCUUUCCAGAACCGACUCUGCUAUACAGGCUGCCCUGGGACGUGAUUCAUAUUCUUUGGGUCAUGCCGGCAGUGCCAUAGCCGCAGCAGCUAGCCAGGCUAUAGCCGCCACACAACAGAUGCAGCAGGGACGACGAACAGCUUCGUUAAAGGCGUCCUACGAGGCGGUGGCCGGUGGUGAACUGCAACACGCUCACCAUCUACAUCACGCAGCCGCCGUUGCCCACCAUGACCACGGACAUGGUGUCAGUGCUGGUCACAGUCAAGCCACGAGUGUUCAUGGGCAUCAUACAACAUCACACGGUCACAGCAACUCAUCAUCAUCAUCUAAUAAAAGACAAAAGCAAAAAAAAACAAACUACAGUUCAUCGUCGAAUAUAUCGGCCCACGCACAGCAAUCUGUCGCGGCUGCUAGUCGCUCUUCGUCGCCCACUGUUGUGGGCAACAUUGUGAAUAAUGUGACUAUUGAGGAACCCAUGGAAGAGGAAUGGACAUACGACCCCAACGAGCCACGCUACUGUAUUUGCAACCAAGUGUCCUAUGGGGACAUGGUCGCCUGUGAUAAUCAAGACUGUCCAUAUGAGUGGUUCCAUUACCCCUGUGUUGGUAUCACCGCUCCACCAAAGGGCAAAUGGUAUUGCCCUCAGUGUCAAAAUCUCCGGCGCAACCGCACCCAUCGAAAGAACUGAACUACCUAAUGCAAUUAGCUACUUCCUAAAAAUAUAUUAAAAAUAUAUGCAUUUGAAUCAUAACAAUAAUAUUUAGUGCAUUUGUAAUGUUGAAUUGUGUUCGGUUCUUAAAUAUUUAAGGCAAAUUUGACUCAUUAAGUAAGUGAGUAUUAGCAAAAAUAUCUUUAGUAUGCACUUUAGGGGCUUAAUAAAACCGUUUAACAAUAUAGACUUCU